CAUCAUCACUUACCAUCAGGUGUGAUCGUGGUCAAACGUCUACCUAUUCAUACUUAAAAAAAAAAAAAAAACGUUAAAAAUCAUGAUAGAAGUCCCAGAAAUGAUCAUGUUACAUAUAAAUUCUUCCACUAUCCAGGAUGUUAGAAAAGAAUAUAAUUUGGACAAACCGGGAAUUAUGGAACAGUCUGUGGAUAUUUUGUACGAUUGGAUUCAAAAACAGGAACACUUUGUGAAGAAGGAUUUUCAUAGAGACCAUUUGGAACGCAUUAUCAUUUCUACAAAAGGAUCCGUAGAAAAAGCGAAGAAACGAAUGGAUAAAGUUUGCACCAUGCGGUCUUUGGUGCCUAACUUAUUCCAGAAAUGCCACGCAAAGGAUGAUUUUGCCCAGUUACAUGAUUGGUACAUCAAUCUUCCCAUGCCAAAAAUAACUGAUGACAAUUACAGGAUAUACAUUGCAAAAAUAAGUAACAAACCACUUUCGGCAUCGGUGUUAAUGGACGCGUAUCAAUUUUCCGUUAUACUGUCUGAAUACAUGAAACUGUACGAUUAUACUAAGGGUUACCAUGUAAUAUGCGAUUUUAGAGAUGCCAAUGUUUUGGAUUUGGUCACCAAGAUUGACUUAGUGGAUCUCCGAAAUAUAAUGACAUUGUACACUGAUGGCUACGGUUUCAGAAUAAAAAACAUAUUCGUUUUAUCGAACUCGUCCAUGAUUGGUACUUUCGUCGACAUUUUGAAACAGAUCGUCACUGCUAAGAUCGGUCAAAGGAUCUCCGUUUGCAAGAGUACAGAAGCAUUGCACGAAAGUCUACCUAAGCAUUUGCUACCUGAAGAUUAUGGUGGAGAACAGAAAUCAAUUUCUACAAUUUAUAAUCAAUGGGUCGAAGAACUAUCAUCAGACAAGCAUGUGGCAUACAUGAAAGAAAUGAGAGGAGCAUGCACCAAUGAAACACUGAGACGUCCGGACAAAUUCAACGAGGACUAUCUUGGAAUGCCUGGCUCCUUCAAGAUGCUGCAUGUGGAUUAGAUACUAGAUAGGGUCAAGUUUCUAAGCUAUAGGUACAAAGAAAAUUAAAAAUAUAUGGGUUGGUUAAAGUAUGGUGACCGGAAAGCUGGCAGCUUCCUGGCACAAGUUCGAAUUAGCAUUUGAUUGCGAUAAAACCAGGAGCCUCCAUUAUUCUUGUUCUCAUGCCAAAAAAUAUGCCCUAUAUUUUAGAUAUCUGCAAUAGGUACAUAUAAUAAAAAUGGUUAGUCGUAUGCUUAGUUUUAGUGUUGGUAUGUAAGUACGUUUUCUCGUUAUCUACUUUUUGUGACUGUUAAAUAAAAUAGCAUUUAUUAAAGGGCUGA